AUGAGGUCCCUGGGGGCCUUAAAUGAGGAGGCCCGAAGGUAUAGGAACCAGUAAAUCCUCGGGCCUGUCUCGGAGUCGUUGAACUCUGUCCCUUCGGAUUUAGGUCUGUUCACACACCUCGGGAAUAUGACUUCUUCCAACCCUGACCAGCGUCUGGAGCAUCUCCUCAGCGCCGUGGAGAGCGAGUUUCAGAAGGGCAGCGAGAAGGGAGACGCGUCCGAGAGGGAUAUUAAACUAACGCUGGAGGACGCAGACUUAUGGAACAAGUUUAAAGAAUUAACCAACGAGAUGAUUGUCACCAAGACAGGAAGGAGGAUGUUUCCGGUUCUGAGGGCCAGCGUAACAGGUCUGGACCCAAACGCCAUGUACUCGGUGCUGCUGGAUUUCGUGGCUGCGGACAACAACCGCUGGAAAUACGUGAACGGGGAGUGGGUUCCCGGGGGCAAACCGGAGCCUCAGAGCCCCAGCUGCGUCUACAUCCACCCGGAUUCUCCGAACUUCGGGGCGCACUGGAUGAAAGCGCCGGUGUCCUUCAGCAAAGUCAAACUCUCCAAUAAACUGAACGGCGGUGGGCAGAUCAUGCUGAAUUCUCUGCACAAAUAUGAGCCGAGGAUACACAUCGUGAAGGUGGGAGGCAUCCAGAAGAUGAUCAGCAGCCAGUCCUUCCCCGAAACGCAGUUCAUCGCAGUCACUGCGUAUCAGAACGAAGAGAUCACAGCUCUGAAAAUAAAGCACAAUCCCUUUGCUAAAGCCUUCCUGGAUGCCAAGGAAAGGAGUGACCACAAAGAAGUUUCUGAUCACAGUACAGACAGUCAGCAAUCUGGAUACUCUCAAAUUGGAGGUUGGUUCCUCCCAGGCCAGAGUCCCAUCUGCCCCAGCAGCAGCCCCCCUCAGUUCAGCGGCACAACGGGCCACUCUCCUAGCUCCUACUGCGAGCGCUACUCCAGCCUGAGGAGCCACAGGGCGGCCCCGUACCCCAGCCACUACCCCCACCGCACCUCCAGCACAAACAACUACAUGGACAACACUUCAGGGACGCUGCCAACUCACGACAGUUGGUCUGCUCUUCAGAUCCCCAGCUCCACAGGCAUGGGCACUCUGUCCCACACCACCAACUCCACAUCCAAUUCUAGUCAGUACCCCAGCCUCUGGUCAGUAGCCGGCACCACGCUCACCCCUUCAGGCUCGACUUCGGGCUCCAUACCCGGAGGUCUGACCUCCCAGUUCCUUAGGGGCUCUUCAUACACGAGCCUGACCUCCUCACUGCCGGUCUCCUCGCCUUCUCCAAUGUAUGACCCCAGCCUGGGGGAGGUCGGGGUCGGGGAAGCCCAGUUUGAGAGCUCCAUCGCCAGGCUGACUGCUAGCUGGACACCUGUAGCUCAGACCUACUGAGCAGCUGAAGCUGCCGGGCCAUCAUCUCCAGAGGCAUUCAGAGCAGGACUACAGACAUGAACACAGCUCCUACAGAAGAUGCGGAAAUGUCACCACACCUGCAGGGAUGUGAAACAGCUUAGAGCAGGGGUGGGUAAUUAAUUUACCCAAGGGGACACAAGAGAAUAAGCUCAUAGGCUUAUAAAGAGACCAAAUUAAUAUUGAGCAGAACUGAGUUCAGAUUAUUUGUGGGAGACUUGAACAAAGCUGAGAGAACUUUGAAAUUGAAAGACAAUCAGUCAGUUUCACUCUAAACUGAUGAUCCUUAGAAUAGCUGCAGAGUCUGAACUUUUUCUUAGUAAAUGCCCCGUGCUUAUUACAUAUUUUUAACACGGUCGUGUGGAGUCGCCACUUUCCUGACUUCGCACGGCCAAAGUGAACUGAGCAGUCAUUUAGUGUUUAUUCUUAAGUGUAUAAGAGGAAAACAUCUGCUAAUAUUAAUGUGUAUAUGUGUGUAUAUAGAAUAAAUUAAUGUCCUGUGUUUUUCAUAUAAAUGUGCCUUUUGUGAGUCCAGUAUAAAUGUUCCAUGUUCAGACUGAGAGACACAAGUGCCUUCUGUAAGGGAAUAAAAAGAGGCCCCCCACACACAAACAAGC